AUGGCAAUGCCAGGGGAGCCACGCUGCCUGACCCUUUGGAUUGCAUCCUGCCACCCACUCAACCCAAUUGACAAGCCUUUGCGGCUGCCCCUCUAGGACGUCUACAAAAUUGGUGGUAUCAGUAGUGUCUCUGUGGGCAGAGUGGAGACUGAUGUUCUCAAACCUGGCAUGGUGGUCAACUUCACACCAGUCAACGUCAUGACUGAAGUAAAGUCUGUUGAAAUGCACCAUAAGGCUUUGAGUGAAGCUCUUCUUGGUGAUAAUGUGGGCUUCAAUGCCAAGAAUGUGUCUGUCAAUGGUAUUCAUUGUGUCAACAUUGCUGGUGACAGCAAAAAAGAUCCACCAAUGGAAGCAACUGGUUUCACUACUCAGGUGAUUAUCCUGAACCUUCCAGGCCAGAUCAGUGCUGCUUAUGCUCACAUCGCUUGCAAGUUUGCUGAGCUGAAAGAGGAGAUUGAUCACUCGUCUGGUAAGAAGCUGGAAGAUGGCCCCAAAUUCUUGAAAUCCAGUGAUGCUGCCAUCGUUGAUAUGGUUCCAGGCAAGCCCAUGUAUGUCAAGAGCUUCUCUGACUAUCCACAUUUGGGUCAUUUCACUGUUUGUGAUAUAAGACAGACAGUUGCUUUUGGUGCCAUCAAAGCAGUGGACAAGAAGGCUGCUGGAGCUAGCAAGGUCACCAAGUCUGCCCAGAAAGCUGAGAAGGAUAAAUAA